AUGCGCAUUCGAGAACUCGAUGUGCAUAAGAUUGGCCGAUUCGAGGGUGCUGACGAUUCCGACAAGGCACAGCGUACCUUGGACGGGUUCUCCUUCUUCGUCAUGAUCCAGGACAAAAAGAAGAUGAGGGAGAGAGUCAGCAGUCUCGACGAGGUCGGUGAACUCGCCCUGGCCCACGUCUCCGCCGAUGGCUACGUCGGGUCCGACCUCGGCGAAGAGGGCAGCCAGCGCUCGUCCAAGCUGGUGUUGCUUCGUGCUAUUGAACGGUGGACAGUGCACUACGACGGUCCCGAAGCAGCGGUGAUGGUAGAAACACAGCAGGGCUACUACAAGCUGCUGCAACCGGCUCCCGCCUACGCCAACGCUUGGGGGAGCUUCCAAAGGAAGGUCGAUUUGACCCACAAGAUCGUCAACCUGGUCAAGCGGGAGGACGUGUGCACGCUCCCCUUCGAAGAGGUCAUGAAACGACUUGUCGUCCCAGAGCGUAUGGUCUAA